AUGCUGAAGCAAAGAUUGAAGACAUCUGAGCGGGAGCGAAUAGCAAGCGAUUCGAGAGGCUUCACAAAGCAUUGGAAACGUGCCUGCAUAUUUGAAAGGGUAUCGAUAAUUUCCUCCACCGUUGGAGGUUCGUCUUCUGAUCUCAUGUCCUCGAUGCUGGUCGUUAGGAACCAGCAGAUGACGCAAACAGUGAGAGCAAUCAGCGCAGCAAGGACCGUAUUGGAUGCAACGGACCAAUAUUUGACCACCAUGACGUAA